GAGUUUUUAGAGUUCAAAGAGCCGCAUAGGUGCUAACAAUUUUUGUGUCAAUAGUUUUUUUAAUUAAUAAACGUACAGUGAUUGCUUGAAUUGUCUCAUAACGCAUAAACAAUGUUGAUUAAAGUGAAGACUCUUACUGGAAAGGAGAUCGAAAUAGAUAUAGAACCUACAGAUAAAGUAGAAAGAAUCAAGGAAAGAGUGGAGGAGAAGGAGGGGAUACCGCCUCAACAACAGCGAUUAAUAUUUUCUGGAAAGCAAAUGAAUGAUGAGAAAACGGCGCAAGAUUAUAAAGUUCAAGGCGGAUCGGUGUUGCAUUUGGUACUCGCAUUAAGGGGGGGUUUAUAAUUGUGGCAUUCCUUCCUCCGGAAUGUGUGUGUGUGAAUAUCGAGGAUUGUAUAACAGAACAGCAACAACAAAACAAAACGAAAUAGGACGCUUUCUGAUGUUACAUUCGCGCUGUGUUUGCAACGACUUAACGAUCGUCUUUGUAUACUUCUAUGUGAUUGAACGUUUAUAUUUAGAAUUGAAAUAAAUAUUUAAUAAAAUAAUGUAGUUAUAGAAAAAGGAA